UCGUCGUCAGCCAGUCCAGUCCGGUCGGCGCUCCGCACUGUUCGCUACCAGCUUCCCCCAGCUCCAUCGCCGGCCGCUCCCCGACCUUGCUGCGGGCUUGGAUUUAGUCGAAAAAUGUCUGAAGAGUUUUCGUUGGCAGAUGCACUGCCUGACCAUUCCCCUGCCAAAGCCUCAGCUACAAGUAAUACAAAACCUGGCCAACCUCCACAAGGUUGGCCUGGUUCCAGUCCUUGGAACAACCCAAGUGCUCCACCUUCUAUGCCAUCUGGACUCCCACCAAGUGCAACACCCUCCACUGUGCCUUUUGGACCCGCACCAACCGGAAUGUAUCCAUCUGUGCCUCCCACCGGACCACCUCCAGGACCCCCAGCACCCUUUCCUCCCUCUGGACCAUCUUGUCCCCCUCCGGGUGGUCCGUAUUCAGCCCCAACUGCUGGGCCAUAUCCUACGCCAAAUAUGCCCUUUCCAGAGCUCCCAAGACCAUAUGGUGCCCCAACAGAUCCAACUGCAGCUGGUCCUUUAGGUCCAUGGGGAUCGAUGUCUUCUGGACCAUGGGCACCCGGAAUGGGAGGGCAAUAUCCUGCCCCUAAUAUGCCAUAUCCAUCUCCAGGGCCAUAUCCUGCUCCUCCUCCCCACACACAAGGGGCAGCACCACCUGUUCCAUGGGGCACUGUUCCACCUGGCGCGUGGGGACCACCAGCACCAUAUCCUGCCCCUGCAGGAUCAUACCCUACACCAGGACUCUAUCCCACUCCAAAUAAUCCUUUUCAAGUGCCUUCAGGACCUUCUGGUGCUCCACCAAUGCCUGGUGCCCCUCAUUCUUACCAUUAAACUAAUAAUGGAAGAACAGAUGAUGCUUUGCUUUGUGAAGUACAUAUGUAUGCACAUGAAUGCAUAUAUUAAAAUGAUUUCACUAAGAAACAUAAAAGAACACCUCUUGCACCUCUCAGAAGGUUAUCUGCCUCGUAUACUUGGAUACAUAGUACAUCAGAUGACUACAAUCAGAUAAAAAUGUAAAUCAUCCUAAUGUGAUUUCAUUUGGUUUUAUGGAAAGUUAAAAUGAUUGUGUAUAUUGGAUAGUUCUUUACUACAAUUUGUUUAAUAUGAAUUCUGCAAUUUGGUAAAUUAUGAACCUGCGAACUUAAAUAUCUAAGAUAAUGUGUGGACUAUUGAGAAACUAUAACUUCAUUGAAGAUCUUUCUAUAAUCCUCAAAAUAAAGGAAAACAAUCACAUUUCUAUAAGUUAAGCAAAUUA